GCAUGCUUUCCUUCCAGUCAACAUUCGGCGCCGUCGCUCCCACAGCCGACUGCUACAUCACAUCAAGUUGGCCUCAGAUCCAGACGCAGGUCGUUUCGUUGCUCAUCAAAUCGCCACGUAGACUCACGACUAGACGCGUGUGAUUUCGCUCGUGCGAAGUCGAGUGCUGCUACGUCUCCUUUAGACGUGUUGGAAUCGAACGCAUAGAGGCUGCUGCGCACCCAAAUAGUGGCCACUUGGCCGCCUACAUGUUGCUUUUGAACUACCACCACCACCACCUCCUUCACCACAACCGCUCUCCUCGCCACGCUCUCUCGCAUCAGCGCAUUCAUUCGCAUACUUUAGCAAGCGCGAGCACGUCCAAGAAAGCACGCUUCCUUCACUCUGUCGCCGAACACACGUUUCCACGUUCACUCUGAGCCUUCUCCUCCUGCAAGCAUCAUGGCCCUUGCCGCUGAUCCGUCUCCCUCACGUCCACCUUCCACCUCCAAUCUCAACGCUGCAUCGCACAACUUGGAGCACAGUACGCAUUCGGAAACGCGUCAAAGUCGGGCAGGCGCUCGGCCACGGAAAGGGCGCGGUGGGGCGGCAUCUGCUCCGAGCGACGUCGAAGGCGCUCCGCUAGGACAUGCUGCUGAUCGGGGCGCGCCUAGUGGGUCACGCGGACGGGGUAGAGGCCGAGGUCGAGGCAGAGGUCGUGGCGGAGGAGCGGCAGCAGCAGCAGCAGCAACAGCAGCAGCUGGAGGUGGACGAGGUCGUGAAGGGGCAGGCGUGUCUAAUGUUGCUGAGCAUGCUCGAGGCGGUAGUGUCGCAGCACCGACAAAGAGCGCAGGACGAAGAGAAAGGUUCGGUGGCAAGAUUUCUGGAGCGGAAGGAGCUGCUGUCAAGGGCGCUAGGAGUGCGCAAGAAGCUCGGGAAGAUGCUAAGCCUGCUGCGCCUAUCGAGUAUGUCGACUUGCGCUCGAGACUCGUUGCAGAGCUGGGAUCUGGUCAGUACGACUGUAGCGUGUGCUACAGCUCCAUCACGCGAAGGGUGGCCGUGUGGGGCUGCGACAAGUGCUUUGCCGUUCUGCACCUCUCUUGUGCCCGACAAUGGGCUGAGGCUAGCGUUCAGAAAGCCGAAGAGCAGAAUGCCAUGCAGGAAGAUCCGAGCAUCAGAAACAGAAAAGGAACGUGGAGAUGUCCGGGGUGUCAGUAUUCCAGGGAGCAGGUACCUACCGUGUACAAAUGCUGGGAUGGACAGGUGGUGGAGCCGAAUGGCGGCAAAGGAGCACCUGCGCAUUCAUGUGGCAGGCCGUGUGCGCGAGGGAAAUGCCAGCACGGCUGCUCUGCUGGACCGUGUCAUCCAGGUCCUUGCCCACCCUGCCCCGUCACCUUGACGCGAAAAUGCUUCUGCGGCUCGCAAGAGAUUGCAGCUCGGUGCUCGCAGAUCAGCAAUUCAAGCCGCGCAGGUGCGACAUCGGUCCCAGGUUCCUCAGCCGCCCAAGGAGUCUCUUGCGGAUCCACUUGCGACAAGGUCCUCACCUGCGGCGUUCAUCGCUGUGAGCAGGCAUGCCAUCCUGGACCCUGCGAAGCGUGCGACAAGCGCACCCAGGCUCCUUGCUACUGCGGAAGGGAAAGUCAAGAUAUGCUCUGUGGCGGAGGCGAGCCUCGCAGCAGCGCUGAGGCAGAUGGAAAGGAAUGGACAGGCAGAUGGAGCUGUCAAAGUCAGUGCAAGAAGCGAUUCGAUUGUGGGAAGCACGCUUGCGAACAGUCUUGCCACCCCGUUACAGCGCGUCCGACUCGCUGUCCUCUGGCCCCGGACCUCGUCAAGACGUGCCCUUGUGGAGCAGAGAAGCUGACACAAGUGAGGGCGGCCUGCACGGACGCCGUUCCUACGUGCACGCGGAGCUGCUCCAAGGUGCUGCCGUGCGGCCACGAAUGCGUGGCCAAGUGUCACCACGGAGCUUGUCCUCCCUGCGCCGUCUCUACAACUACACCGUGUCGUUGCGGGGAGAGCAAGGCGACGCUACCUUGCCACGAACGCCAAAAGCAGAUGCUGAGCAGUCAAGCGGAGGAUGUGCUCUGCGGACGAUCGUGCCCUGCGCUACGCCACUGCGGGCGUCAUCAAUGCUCCCGCCGAUGCUGCCCCCUCGCCUUUCAAGCAAGGUCAAAACCGCGGAAACGCAUGACUGCAGCUGAUCUGGAAGAACAGGAUCCGGCCGGGUUGCACGCUUGCGACUUGCCGUGCGGAAAACCGCUGUCUUGCGGACAUGCUUGCCCGCUCAAGUGCCAUCGGGGAUCAUGUCCACCUUGUCUCAGAGCAAGCUUCGAAGAGCUCAUCUGCCACUGUGGAAGGACGGUGAUAGACCCGCCCAUCGCUUGCGGCACGCAGGUGCGCUGCAAUUUUCCCUGCAUUCGAGGAGGACCUCCAUGUGGACAUCCCAAACAACCGCACAAUUGCCACGAGAACGAGGAUGGAUGCCCGCCCUGCGUAUACUUGGUAGAGAGAGCUUGCAGGUGCGCCAAGGCCAAUACGGUUCCAAACGUGCCUUGCUCGAGGUCCAUCGAUGUGGUUUCGUGCGGCGUUGUUUGCGGAGCGACGCUCAGCUGCGGGUAUCACAAGGAUGCGGCCCUGUGUCACUCGGGCAAGUGCGCACCUUGCAAUCAAACGUGCGGCAAACCUCGACCGAUCUGCGGACACGCGUGUCAGAAGUCUUGCCACGCUCCAUCGGCAUGCCCAGAGUCGGAAGCUUGCACAGCCAACAUCACUUUGGAAUGUCCGUGCGGCAAUCUCCAACAGAGAGCACGAUGCGGCGCGUCCAUCCACUCCAAACCGGCGACGGAUAGGAAGCUGAAAUGCACCGACGCUUGUUCCAUAGCUGCGCGGAAUGCAAAGCUUGCCGAAGCUCUCGGGCUCAAUCCGAUGGAAAAAGGCGCCAAAGCGGAGUAUCCCCUCCCACUCGUCGACCACUUCUUGACGAACCGCAGGGCUUGUGAAGAGACGGAAAGGGCGUUUGCGGAUUUUAUCCACUCUCCCAGACACGGCAUGGUGCUGCCGAGUGCGGGCAAGCAGCAAAGAGAUUUUGAACUGGCUCUUGCGCCCCAUUACAAUCUCAUCGCGGAAAGCUUGGACGGCCGUUCGACGUCUCUUAGAAGACAGCAGACGAGCAAGAUUCCCAGUCCGACCUUGUCUCAAGCGGCGGGCGUCGUUGCUUCGCAAAGAGCGUCGGGUCUGGCAGCGGGGCCCUCAAGGCCCACAGCACUUGGUCAAUUGAAGCGUCCCGAGUCUUUGACGACAUCAAUUGGACCUCGCGCACCUCUGAACGCCAUCCUGCUCGAAAAGGUGUUUGGUCAUGAUGCGACAUCGCUCGAGGCUCUGUUGCACAGUCGCGCGCUCAAAGGUUUGGCUAUACAGCUCAGAUGGAUAGGUGACGAAGAUGUCGUUGUCACGAGCGAUACGGUACCUGCUGCACGAUUGUUGGCCGUGCCCACACUAGCAGCUCUUCGACAACACGCCAAGACGGAGCACUUUGCAGCGAGCGUCGUCGCUGUAGCAUUCGACGGUCUGUCGAAGCGCGUCAUAAGGAAAGACGACGGGGAGAACAAGACGGGCUCGACGAGCGCAUCUGCAUCUGCCUGGACUGUCAACAUGUCCAGGACCGGCUCGGCAUCAGGUUCGGGCACUGUUACGCCUACUCACUCGGCACCUAGGACCGGCGGCUGGGCAGCCGUAGCAUCCGGUGCGCUAGCCAACAAGAACAAUGCCUCUCGUGAGACCGCCAAUGGGCGGUCAACGAGCGCAUGGGAAAGUUUAAGCGGUGCUGGUAUGCCUCGCCCUAGCGAUGUCAUGCCUGCGACUGCGCGAACGGGCGGCUCGGUGACGUUGAAUACUUCCGCACCUCCACUUCCUGCUGCUGCAUCUACCGACCUUGUCGUCGACUCGUGGGAUGCGGAUGAUGGAUGAACAUGAGGUUGCAGAAUUUUGCCCAUGCGCGUGCAAAUGUGAAAGACGUCUUGCUAUACAUUGCAACGUUGCAAAUGUGCGAUACAACUGGGCUUGGCGCGUGGUGUGAAGUUUUGAGGCUCGUGAUUGUUUUCACUGCAAGCGCCCCUCGCUUCGAAGG